ACUGAGGGAAUAAAGUUGCGGGCCGGGGCUGGCGGACGCGUCUGUUCGUAGCGGAGCCAGGCUGAGCGGGAGCGCAGCCGCCGGGCCAUGGCGUCGGAGGAGCUGGCGCAGAAGCUGCAGCGGCGGCUGCUGCUGGAGGAGAGCGGGACGGCGGGCGAGGCGGCCGUGACCGGCGGGGAGGCGGUGGAGGAGACGGAGGAGGAGGAGGAGCGGCGGUGCCUGACGGCCAGCGCGGGCGCGGAGCUGAGCGCCAAGCUGUGCCGGCGGCAGGACAUCAACGAGGGGGCGGCGCAGCCCCGGCGGGCCGCCGUCUUCAACCCCUACACCGAGUUCAAGGAGUUCAGCCGGCGGCAGAUCAAGGACAUGGAGCGCAUGUUCCGCCUGUACGACUCGGGACGGGAUGGGUACAUAGACCUGAUGGAGCUGAAGCUGAUGAUGGAAAAGCUGGGAGCCCCACAGACCCACCUGGGGCUGAAGAACAUGAUCAAGGAGGUGGAUGAAGACUUUGAUGGGAAGCUCAGCUUCCGUGAGUUCCUGCUGAUUUUCCAUAAAGCUGCAGCUGGGGAGCUCGAGGAGGACAGCGGCCUGUUGACUCUUGCGAAGCUCUCGGAGAUAGACGUUUCCAUCGAGGGAGUCAAAGGAGCCAAGAACUUCUUUGAAGCUAAGGCUCAAGCCCUCUCUUCAGCCAGUAAGUUUGAAGCAGAGAUAAGAGCUGAGCAGGAUGAGCGAAAACGGGAAGAGGAAGAGAGGAAACACCGCCGAGCAGCUUUCAGGGAGCUCAAGUCUGCAUUUACCCAGUAGCCGACCAGCUGAUACGCACUCUGAGGUUGCAUGUGACUUGGUACGUUUCCCAGAUCAGGGCUCUACCUGGAGAGAACUACCUGGAUCCUGCCUGAAACUCGUAACAGCUUUGCUAGUCUUCCUCUCCUGAAGAUCCUCCUGAGCUUCUAAGGGCACAACUCUUGCAGUUACUGUGCAUUUGUAACAAUGUGAAUUGUUAGGAGCUGUGCACGUGCUGUUUGGUCUGAACUGUCGAGAGCCCGUCACCCUGAAGCAGAAACAGCAGGUAGCAAAUCAUGGGCGAGCACUGACUACUGUCAUGUCUGCCUGCUUUGUUCUUUCCUUUUCUAUAUGUCUUUUUUUCUCUUAACCCCAUAUUAAUUCAUUCCUUGCUUACAGGCAAGUGGCGAGGUCUUGUGUACAUCAGGGUGUGCCGAGUACAGCUUGACUCCCUAUAUGGCUGUACUGCUGUUAAGUGUUGUCACACAUCCUUGACUACCCCUUUUCCUCAGAGUCCCAUGCCACAGGCACUGUGAAAACACUGUGAAGAGAGAAAGAUAGUUACUAGGGUCAUGGAUCAUGUUAAUUACCAUUUCUUGUAGCAUUUUCUGCCACUCAUCAUGUUGGAAAGUCUUCCAGUUUCUCUCCUCUGAAGUGCCAUAUUAACAAACCUUUCAGUAAGAGGUGAGUUUUCCCCAAGAUGUUGAAGGGAAGAAGCUGUCUUUCCCUUAAAGGAGGAACAGACAACAGUGUUGCCUGACCAUGUAUCUUCUUUCACAUUCCAUCACAUUUAGUGUACUGUACAGCUUCACUCUCUUUCCUAGCCUUAGGCAGCUCUAUCUGUUUUUAAGGUAUAUUGCCAGCUAAACAAUGCAAUUGGAUGGCACGCUGAGGUUUUCUAUUUGGAUAUUUGCUCAUAUCCUGAUGCAGGAAGGUGAUGUUGUUUGAUUUCAUUAGAGCCAUGACAUCUACUACCAGCCCAGCACACUGAGCAAUCCUUGCUCAAGAAGGGAAGAGCAGCAAGGUGAGCACAUUUAGCUAAACUGAGUUUGGAGGGCUUAGCACUGUAUAAUUAGCCAUUUUCUUUUUCAAACACAGGGAACUUGUCAACAAAUGUUAAAAUGCCCACUGCUUGUCUGGACAUAUAUGCCAUAGGUCACAGCAGGGGACCUGUGUUCCCUCAGAGACCUCUCCUGAAACAUUAAUUUGCUCAAAUUCUGCCUCUGCUCUUGCCCCAGUUGGCACAUUUUAUUUCUCUUUCCAGAAAGACUCAUCGGUUGUCCUUUCACUUGUCUGUUUUGCUUCUUAAACUGUGAGCACUAAACUGUGAGUGUGGAGUAAUGAAUAGAAAAACCUCUACUCUUUAAUGUCAGGUGAAAGAUUUGCUAAACAAUUAAACUGUGUAUAUAUAUCUCCACAGAUUAUAUUUUGUAAAUCACGCUUUUUUAGCUAAAUAUUUAUAAUUAAAUGGUUUUUAUACUUUACAACAAAGCAGAUAAUUUCAUCUUCAACUAUUUCUCCUGUUGCUGAAGUGUACAAAUAAAGCAUUGUUAUCUCCA